AUGGCCGAUUUCUCAUUUCUACCCAAACUUGACGACUUGGCCGUGAUGGAUGCCCUUGAUGUUCUGAAAAGCGAGCCUCGAACCCUAAAUUUAGACUUUGUCAAAAAACUCUCUGAUUCUCUUCGCAUGAAACUCGGUCAAGACGAGCUGAAAAAGAUUCUCUUUCCACCGCCCUUUUUUACGCUGAGCUCUGUCCCAACUCCCAUUAAAUUUAAUCAAGCGGCUUCGUCUUACCUUAAAAAAGAAAUUUCCCUGAUGUCUCAUAGAAGAAGAGAGCUUCCAUUGGUGGCGUAUUACUAUCCAAAAGGCCCCUGGCGGCAUUGUUGGGUUAGAUAUGGUGUUUCUCCAUGCCUUGACCGCAAUAUGGCAAAAUAUCAAAUCUUCGAAGUACGGUGCUUUACAGGCUCUGGCGAAAAUACCCCAAUUUCUACAAAUAGCCACAUAAUUGAGGCAGACCGCCUUCCCUGUACAAAAGGAAACAUCGUAUUCCAAUUUUGCGAUGUUCUAGAUCCUGCUCUUAGGUUGAUUCUCGAUUCGCCAAAUUCCCUCUUGCCCGAUGGUAGUUCUUGCUGUCCCAAAGACGGCUGGUAUCGACCUGAAUGCAGGCCCAAACUUUUGGCAAUGCUCAAGUUAAAAUGGAGAGUUCAUAUAAAGGAGUAUCCGCUGAGGUCUGGAGGCGGCUCCUUAAGAUUGUCUGCUCAACCGUCCACCAAACCCCCCACGUCUACACUCGCCAAUGAAGAUGAGAAAGACGAUAUUUGGAAUUUUCAAGAGGACGAUUCUGAUUCUUCGUAUUCCAUAUUUGAAGAGGAGGACCAAAACGACGAGUUUUAA